UCGAGGAUCCACGCAGUUCCCUCUGUCCACAGCACAUACAGUUGCUACCUGCUGGGCGGAGUUGACUUAAACACCGGUGCUACAUGCUUCACCCUCAGUCCAACCGAGCUGCAGGAGAGGCCAUGCACGACUUGACAGCACCGGAACCGCAGAAGAGAGGCCGCCGGCAACCGCGGGUGACCGUGCAACCAGAGGCUAUGAGUGCUGCAGGUCGCUAUGUUGUGUUGACAGCCCUGUGUGUCCUGUGCUACUGCAACUCUCUCCGCGGGGAGUUAGUGCACGACGAUGUGUGGGCUAUCAUCAACAACCCGGACGUCAGACCGGGCUCAAGCCUAAUAAACAUCUUCAGCAACGACUUCUGGGGCAAAAUGAUGGCGGACAAUACGAGCCACAAGUCAUACAGACCGCUCUGCAUCCUCUCCUUCAAGUUGAACAUCCUGUUGGGCGGAAUGACACCUCUGUAUUUCCAUAUGGUCAAUGUGUGUUUCCACUGUGCUGUAACCUGCCUGCUCAUGCACACAUGUAAAAGCUGUGUGUUUGAAGACUCGCGUUUGGCUUUCAUCACAGCACUCCUCUUUGCUGUGCACCCUGUCCACACUGAAGCCGUGUCUGGUGUUGUGGGCAGGGCCGAUGUUUUGGCCUGUCUGCUGUUCUUGCUGACUUUUCUUUCCUAUGUUAGAAGUGUGGGUGUGUGUGUCCCAGAGGACUCUCUGCCCUCCACCAUGUCAGCAUGUUCUCUGAUUGUCAGUUUGUUGCUGGGCACUUGCGCCAUGCUGAUCAAGGAGACAGGCAUCACAGUGUUUGGAGUGUGCGUGCUCUAUGAUGCCCUGGUCCUCUGCUGCAAGCCUCUUAUUAAUCACCUAUAUAGCUCCAGACCAGGCAACCUCCUCUACAUCUGCAGCCCCUUCGUCAAAAGAGCCUGCCUAAUCUCUGGAUAUGUGGUGCUCAUCAUGUCAGUCAGGCUGUGGCUGAUGGGAGGAUCUAUGCCUCUCUUCUCUGAACAGGACAACCCCGCCUCCUUCUCCCCUCACCUGCUUACCAGGAUUUUGACCUACUCUUACCUGCUGUCAUUUAAUGCCGGGUUGCUGCUUGCCCCCAUCGUGCUUUGCUACGACUGGCAGGUGGGGAGCAUUCCCCUGGUGGAGUCGUUGAGUGACUUUCGCAACGUGGCUGCCAUUCUGCUGGCCAUUGUAAUGGUUGCACUUUGCCUGAACUGCAUCUUCUCACUGCAGAGACAAGAGAGCAGGGAGGUGUUGGUUGGAGUGUUGUUUCUGGUGUUUCCAUUCAUUCCUGCCAGUAACCUUUUCUUCAGGGUUGGAUUUGUUGUGGCCGAAAGGGUUCUCUACAUGCCGAGUAUGGGUUACUGUAUCUUAAUGGCUCAUGGCAUGGGUCGGUUGUGUGCGGUGGUAGGCCGCUGGGGCACCACAGUCCUCAGUGUCUCCAUGCUGUUGCUCCUACUUCUCUUCUCCUGGAAGACCAUCCAGCAGAACCAUGUCUGGCUAACCAGGGAGGCCCUUUUCAAGUCUGGUAUCCAGACUCUGCCUCACAAUGCCAAAGCCCACUACAACUACGCCAACUUCCUGAAAGACAGUGGCCGACACAAGGAGGCCAUUCACCACUACACCACUGCCCUCAGGUUAUAUCCUCGUCAUGCCAGUGCCAUGAACAAUCUUGGCACUCUGACACACUGCCCAGAGGAGGCAGAGUACUUCUAUAGGAAAGCACUGGAUACCAACCCUCAACAUAACCGCGCUCUCUUUAACCUGGGCAACCUCCUCAAGUACCAGGGGAAGGCAAAAAAGGCUGAGGCUCUACUGAUUGACUCCAUACACUUCGGUGCCCAUUUUGCUGAUGCUUACGCCAGUCUGGCAUCACUUUAUGCAGAACAGAAACGCUUUCCUGAAGCCAAUGAAGUAUAUCUGAAAGGCAUACAGAACUGUCCAGACAAUUCUGAUCUGCAUAAUAAUUAUGGUGUGUUUCUGGUAGAUACAGGAGAAGGAGCGCUAGCAGCAACUCACUACUUGCAAGCAGUUCGACUCAAACCAGCACACUAUGUUGCAAUGGUAAACCUGGGCCGCCUUUUCAGAUCAUCCAAUGAGAAUGAAGCAGCGGAGUCUUGGUACAAGAGGGCGCUGCAGAUAACAAGGAAGGUGGACAUCCUUACACCGCUUGGAGCACUGUACUACAACACAGGCCGAUUUGAAGAGGCUCUGCUGGUGUAUAGAGAGGCUGCAGCCCUGCAGCCAGACAACACAGACAUUUGGCUAGCUCUGGCUCAGGUUUUAGUCAUGGUCAGCCAUACCAUAGAAGCAGAGAAGAUAACCUUGGACAUCAUAUCCAGAGAAGGCAGCUGUAUUGAAUGUUACAGACUACUGUCUGCCAUCUACAGCAAGCGUGGCAACUUUACAGAGGCCCUGGUUGCUCUGGAUAGGGCCCUUCAGCAGAAUCCUAGUGAUCUGACAGUAAGAGCAGAGCUGUAUUUCUCCAAAGGAAACCAGCUCCGAGAGAUGAACCAGCUGGACCGGGCCUUUGAGAGCUACAAACUAGCGGUUGAACUCAAACCUGACCGGUCCCAGGCCUGGAUGAAUAUGGGAGGGAUUCAACACAUUAAGGGAGAUUAUGCAGCAGCUAGGAUCUACUACCAGCGAGCCCUGCUUUUGAACCCUGGUUCCAAACUUCUUAAGGAAAACUUGGCCAAGCUGGACCGGCUAGAAAGGAAACUGACAGUCGAGGCAUAGACCACCAAAGUCCGAAAGAUUCUGCAUCAUCAUGGGUAUACAUCAAGGGAGGAAGACACUGCCCACACUUCUGGAGCCAGUCUUGACAAAAUAGGCUAGGAUUGGAUGGACUUGUUUAGACUGUAGGGUGAUUGGUGUGUUGGAGUAAGGAGAUGGAUCAUGUCACAGUUCAGAAACCCUUUGCUUCACCUGUCUUCAUUAUUCACCUGCCUGAGGCACCUUCCUGUCAGGUGGCUGAGGCAGAAACUGUAACUGUAACUGUUGAAAGCCAAGUUAAUGGAACAUAAAGUUUGGAUCAUUGUUUUGCAAUGGUUUUGGAAUGGAUUGACACAAGAUUAAUUUAUGUCUGUUCGAUCUUGCAGACCUGGUAGUGACCUUGGGCCACAUGCUCCAGUAACUUCUUUAUAAUUUUCUUAAAUUUGUUCUUUAGAAUAUUCUGUAGAAAACUUGAAUAUAAUCUGUAUAUAUGAUGUAAUCUUAAACUGCAGAAUUGUUUGCACCUGAAUUCUUAUAUUGAUAGUAUGUGUUUUUAAUUUGUUUUGGGUCAGGUCUGUCAUGUUGGUUGGUCUGAUGUUUUACUCUGCACGUUUCUGUAAUCUGUGAAAAAUUACUGUUUGUGUCAGAGACAGAGCAACACAAAUUCAGUGGAGCUUACUUUCACUGCUUUGGUUUUGGGUCAGGUCGGAUACAGGUUUAAUCACCAGCUGACAGCUCUAAGCAUUGGUGUGAGUUCACCGAAGUUGCAUUGGGGACCCAUUUCCGAUCCAUUCAGGCUGGAUUUUGAGGGGUCUAGGAAGCAUGUGGCCCCAUUUUUUUUAGCAGUGGUUUUGCAAAUAUGUCCCUGGCCACAUUGAAGCACUGCCUCCUCAAUGAACACAUUCAGAACAUCUUCUAAUGUCAAGCUAUAACUGAUAUACUAAGAUAAUGGCCACUUUCGACUGUAUCUCUCACGACAGCUGUUAAUAUCAGGUAUUCCAUGUUCAUUUGACUUCCAUUUUUCAGAACUCUAUGUACAACCUGAUUUAACAAUGCUUCUUCAAGUAUAAUAAGUGUGUCUGGAUGAGAAUUUUGAUAUUUGUGGCCAAAACAUUUGAAGCUUUUCAUCAUGCUAUGUGGGAGUACAAAUGGAAUAAUAAAAGAAUAAAAAAGUAAAUAUAAUGGUUGGAAAUAUACAGAUAUAUAAAGAGAAUAAGUAUAUGUGAGAUAACCCUAAAACAAAUAGGCAAUUAUAAAAUAAUAAUUAUAAGCAUUUUCUCAUUAAAUUCU